UUUAUAAGCCGCUGCUCAUGAUUUUAAACCCAUGCAUACGAAUGCGCUGCCCCCCCUGCAGAGACCAGCUACCAGCUAACGACGCACAACGCAUACUGGCAGUGACCGAACCGGCUGUGCAGACCAGAGACCAGAGCGCGCUGCCAAUGCCGUUGAACCCGCUUGUGAAGCCGCUGUCCAGCGCCCAUGAUGCUGAAAACACUGCACUGUCUUUUCCGAGGGUGACGUAGACGCGAAGCGUGGUGAACGUAACUUAGCACUCAGCAAAGCACAAAGGGGUUGUGGUGGAGAAAGACAGACAAAAACAGUAACGCAAACGCUAAACAAAAAUAAACAGACCAGACUUUUUGAAAGCUGUCCAGCCGCGUUAUCCGUGUUGCAGGCCGGGCUUCACUGCACAGUUAAAAGGGAUCUUUUGGAGAGCGAGAGAUCACAAGCCCAUGAGGCACGCUGGGGUGAUACGGUUCCUGUCUGAAACCAAGGUUCAUUUGUUCGUCUAAAUAUCCGGUCGAUUAUGGGCUGUAUUUUCUGCUAAACGGCAAUCGGUAAAUGCUGAAGACACUGUCAAAAUGUUACCUAAAUCAAGAAGAGCUCUUACCAUCCAGGAGAUUGCAGCUCUGGCCAGAUCAUCCUUGCAUGGAAUCUCCCAGGUGGUGAAGGACCAUGUGACGAAGCCCACAGCGAUGGCUCAGGGCAGGGUGGCUCACCUGAUCGAGUGGAAGGGCUGGUGCAAGCCCAUCGACUCGCCUGUGGCCCUCGAGAGCGACUUCAACUCCUACUCAGACUUAUCAGAGGGGGAGCAGGAGGCGCGGUUUGCAGCAGGUGUAGCGGAGCAGUUUGCCAUUGCGGAGGCUAAGCUCAGAGCGUGGUCGUCUGUGGACGGAGAGGACUCCAAUGACGACUCCUACGAUGAGGACUUCGCCCCAGCCAGCGAAGGCCCCCAUUCAGCCGAUGCAGUGGGACCCUAUCCGAAUUACCUGCGGGACAUCCUUCACAGUCACAUGUGCCAACAGCUGAGCGUGCGACACAGCGCCUGCGAGCACGAGAGUGAUUCAUCACAGACAGUCUCCCCUGAGACCCUGUGCUCCAGCCUGUGCAGCCUGGAGGACCACCCUCUGCUGAAGGACCUGGGCUCUCCCACAGACCUCGCCACCAAGCUCUUUGGAGCCAUCCACGGUGGAGAGGAGAUCCUGGCCAAGCUGCAGCGCAGUGGGGAAAGUGCCUUCAGGAACCUCGGACACCUUAUCUGCGACGACUCCUCCUACUCUGUCUCCUACACUGAGUCAUGCUUCUCUCCUGAGGACGAGGAAGACAUGCCUUGCAAGGACUACGAGUCUGUGUGCAAGGAGGACACCGGCUAUGAAGUCAGGAGAAAGGUCUCGGACGUGGCGUCUUCUGGAGUGGUGUCUCUAGAUGACGAGGAGGAGGAGGAGGAGGAGAACGAAGAUGUCUGAAUGAUCGUUCUUCCCUCCUCCUUGCUCUCCUGAAUGUUUUUGGCAUGCUUCACUUCGUCCCCGCCCCCUUAUCCUGAGUUUGAUAUUUUGUCUUGAGGCGUCCAAACAAUCUUUUUUUAUUUGGGUUCCGAUUGACUUGCUCUGCCUUUUGUACAAACCAAUUGCCUGGGGUUUGAUGCAAAGGAGCAAGCAGAUAACUUGCAUGAUAUGCUAAGUGCAGAAAUGAACUUGUGGUCUGAAACGUUUUAAGCACGGUCUGUACCCCUGGUUGUUUCUUUCCAAGAACAUCUCCCAUCUGAGACUUUUUGACAUUGCAUCCCAAACUUCUUUUCCUUGGCUGAAUAAACUAAAGCAUCAAAGUGGCAUGGCUUACGCUGGGAAUGCCAAAGGAUAAACCUUUCACUAAAGAUUAUAAGAAAAUGCUGGAAUGUUCUUAAACUGACAAGAUUAUGUCUUUUUAAAAUAUUUCUCACAAACAAAAAAGGCAAUAUGCUUUUAUUGUACUAGUUUUAUAUCAUUCAACAUGUUAUUAUAGCCUGAUGAUUGAAAGCGAAGUUUUUUCAAGUUCUUACAUGAAAAAAACACACAUGCAAGUGUCUAAAAAAACCCAACAAACUUCGAUUAAAAAAGAGAAAACAAAGCAUCAAAGCAGUUUUCACUGAUUCAGAUUUUCUAUAUUUUUGUAUCCGUCGUCUGCAUUUUUUGUGAGGCAUUGCUGUCCAGUGGUUUGCACGAAGCUUCAAGUACUGUUGCCAUAGAGAUGUUUUUUAUUUGUUAUCACUGUGUGAUAUGGUCUACAGAAAAUAAAAAAAACAGGAUACUGUGGUAUUAAUUUUUAUUGUCAUCGUCAUGUCCUUUUCAAUGCAAGUCUCUUAUAGCCGGGAUGAAAGGUCAGCUACUAAACUUCUUAAAAGUGAAUGGUAUAUAAAUGCAAACAUAGCUCGUGCCUCUCAAACCACCCCAGUCCACCAGUGAGGCCCUGGUUGGUAGGGUGUGCUGAGGAAUGGGGAAGUUGGGAAUGGGGAAGUUCUUGUGUUGGGUCAGGAGCUCCUGACCCAACACAAGAACACCGGCAUGCAAUCUGCUCAGAUGUGCACAUCUCUGAACCCCGGGGUCGAUGAGUGAUUGUGCUUGUUUCACUGCUGCUUGCAGUGCCUCUGGACUGGCAGGGGUUGAGAGGUCUGUCUGCAUGCCUUUAAGGGCUCUACUGUUCCCUGCACACAGGAGGUGUGGAUCAGCUGGGUAUGAAAGCAAAUUGGGAUUCUCAGACAAUAGGAAUCUUGAGCACUGCAGUGCAUGCAUGUGAUUGCAACACACCCAUCAGCAUGCUAGUGGGUUAUAAAAAGACCAGCAUCUGUUUUUAAAGUUCAGCGCCUCACCCUAUACGAACAAAUACCAGCAUAUAUGUUCUGGGAGAAAUAUGAGUGUCGAACUGUAAUGUAUCAUGAUUCUAGCAUUCUAUGUCUUGUUUGUUUUUUGUUGUUCUUGUAUUACAGAACAGUAGUUGUAUACUAUGGUAAAGAAUCAUAUGAUUAAGUGCGGGCA